CCCUGUGCUUGUUAAAAUAAAAUGAACACUGGAAACGGAAAACGCCAAAAUUCUACCUUUUCUCCCACCCAGACUUCAGCCGGAAGUCCGCCGCCCCCAGGGUACCGGCCGGGGGGCGUGGCUGGCGACCCCACGGCCCUCCCCUUCCGGCCCCAGGCCCCUCCUGGGCGCCGUCUCCCGGCAACCGCCCCAACAGCCGGUCCCGCAGCCAUGCUGGGCGCAGCCGGGCAGACCCCGCGGGCCUCGCCACCGCCGCUGCCGCCCGGCGCCCUCCGCGGCCUCUGCGCCUGGCUGGACGGGCUCCCGCUCAGCCGUCCCAAGCGCCACCUGGCCCGGGACUUCAGCGACGGCGUGAUGCUGGCAGAGAUUGUGAAGCACUUCCGCCCCCGGCUCGUGGACCUGCAUAACUAUGUCCCCACCUGCAACACUGACCAGAAACUCAGCAACUGGAGCAUCCUCAACAGGAAAGUCUUUCACAAGCUGCGUUUGUGGGUCUCAGAGACGGAUAUCCGAAAGGUGGUGGCCAACACGCCGGGAGCCAUCGAGCCCAUCUUGUGUGCAGUGAGAGAAAAAGUGACGGAUGGUGCUGCCCACCAGUACCUGCUUGACCCGGCCGGCCCAGGACCCUCUGGCGGGAUUGCUGACAGACCACGGGCAGAGCUCACCGCCUCUCCGCACACUGGUAGUAUUCCACAUCCCCAGAUUUGGAGAACUGAGGCCCAUCAGAGCCUUCCACGAAGGGCUGCGUCAGAGAUGAGUUCACACUCCGGGAGGGCAGGGGCAUCCUUGCUCCCAACGCCCCCCAGGCUGCAGCUUCCCAAGGGGGGCCCGCAGCCCUGUCUACACCCCACGCAGGCGCCGUGCCGUUCAGGGACAUCCAGGCUGCAUCUGGCUGAACUAGGCCAGACCGUGCCUGCAUGGUGCCCUCUGGGGCUCAGUGCCCUGCCCCCACCCCACGUGCUGCCAUGGGGCAGGAUCUUCUGGGGGAAGGGGGGCGGACCCCAGAUAAACAUCUGCUUACCCCUUAGGCUUGCCGGGCCCCACGGCGCCCUCCAGUGCGAAGACCCCACAGAGUCCCAGGACUCCAGAGAAAACAGGCCGCUGUGUGUGCACGGGUUGGGACCCGGCUGGUGGACCCUGGGGCCACCUGGACUCCAGAGUGCAGCAACUACUGGAGGAAAAGGAGCAGGCAGUGGCCCUCCUGCAGGAGAUGGUCAAGAUUUUGCAGAUGAAGGUGGUCAGGCUGGAGCACCUGGUAAGGCUGAAGGACCAGCGGAUUGGAGAGCUGACGAGAGCUGGGGGCGAGCCCCAGUGACCAAGAGUGGCAGCGGAAAAAGGCUCCUCCGAGAGGCUCGAGGGGCCACCCCUCCCAAGUCCACUAGACCUUGAACUUGAGCCCACACAGAACUCCCCCAGACCAGGGGUCCUUCUGCUUGUGGCUGUGCGCUGUCCAGCAGGCGCAGGGUGGGGACACCCAUGUACGGAGUGCUUCAGGGGGCCUCGGUGUGUGGACGUCCACGCAGUGGAGGCCGGGGGUUCCAGCCCACCCCAGAGACCUGUUUGGAUACGAAGACCUGGUCUCGCUCCCUCGAGCCCCUGAGGUGUCCUGUCCUCAUUGUGUCUGUGAGCACAGAAAGUUCCGGUCUGUAGGGUGUUGCGUUGGUGUAGUGGCAGGGGAGGGGGGUGGCUGGGCCAGCCAGCAACAUCCUGUGUCAGCCAAACCCAAGUCUCAUGGAAGAUUCUGGAUCCUGUAGAAACAGCACACUGGGAAGUGUGUCCCUGGGUUCGGUCCUUUUUCUCCACGAAGGGAGCAUGUGAGUGUCGGGAAGGGCCAUCCGAGCCGCUGUGCAGGCACUGGGUCGGGGUGCCUUGCAGAGACCCCCAGAUGGACCGACCGGUUUCUGCACUUUGCUUGGGAGAGUUUGGGGGUCAGGGUGGAGCUGGAACUUGACCCAGCAUCGCUGUGGCCUUCUCCCCAUGGGAUAGACCCGCUUCCUCCAUGUGGGGCCCUGUCCCUGGGUCGGGGACUUCGGGGCAGUACGCUGGAGGGGACAGGCAGGGGGUUGCAUCAUCCCGCCGGCUUCUGGGUCCCGAGCCCCUUCGGGGACUCAGGAAGCUGCGUCAAAGCCACAAACCACCUCCAGGGUUUGAGAGUCAGCAGAGCCCUGAGUCAGACAGCCCAUGCCUCCCUGAGUCAGGCAGCGUGUCUCUCGGCCACUGAAGCCACUGAAGCACGCACGGGUCAGGGCUUCAGGCUCAGAGGGUGGGUCCGAGGCUACUGUCCAGAGAACCGGGGCUAAACUGCUUAGAAGCACAACUGAGGCCAAGGGUUUGCUCCCCAGCCAGGAGGCACGUGGAGACUCCUGGGUCAAGUGGUCUUGGCCAGCAAGCAGGGCCCCAAGGUGGGCUGGGGCAGUGAGGGGUUGGGGAGCAUGCAUCCAGGAGGGGAGCCGUUCUGGAAGAGCCCUCCUCUGCCAGAAGGGCCUGGGCGUGGCGGUCUCAGAGGUCUCCCGUGCAGCCUGCCCCUGGAGAACGAGGGUUUGGGGGGUCCAGGCCUCAAGUAGUAGGGCUUCUAGACCUCAGUGUGGGGGCGUUCACAGCUCAGUUGGGGGGGGGGGCUUCUGCUCAGGGGUCCAGACCCCACCACCUGUGGGCAUCUGGGCUACAGAUGUCACUUGCUUGUUCCUGGUGUCCGGCAGGAGCCAGAAAGUCUGCCCAGAGAUGGGGGCUCCCAGGGCCUGGAGCCUGAGUCAGGACAGGCCCAGGUGGCUUUAGACCCCAGGCCUGCUCCUGCCCGGGCCCCUGUGGGAGCCAGGAUGUGUGUGUGGGGGGUGCUUCUGCACUCUGCUUUUGCGGGGGGACUGCCGAUGUGCUCCAGGGCCCAGACGUGUGCGGACACGUGCUCACUCAUGAGGCUGGUGCUUUGAUGAAGCAGGGCUGUGUGUGUGCCUGGUCACACCCACAUGCUCACCGGUAGAGGUGGCCCCAAGGGCUCGAGACGGAGAUUGGAGCCGGGGGAGCGUGGCUGGAGGUGACGGUUUUGCCCUGACGGGAACCUGUCCCCCGCAGGGACCUGGGAGUGGGCCCUGAGCAUCUGGUGCCUGGAGGUGGGGGCCGCUUGCAGAUGAGGACCCCAAACACAGGCCCAGCUUGCUGGCCUGCAGGUGGGCUUGUGGGCUGGACCUCUGCUGCAGCCUCGAGAGGGUCAGCCCCACGGCUGAGGGGAGAGGCAGGGGGCUGACCAGGGGCCAGGGGGGCACAAGGCAGGGAGACCUCUGGGUGGGGGGUGAGGGCCCCACCCUGGCUGAAGGAACAGCUCAGCCUUGUGCCACCAGCGCAGGCUGAACCACCUGAGGUGAGGGUCCGGGUUCCCAGGGGCACAUCGGGCCAGAUCUCUGGAGGGCCUGUGCGAGGCCCCAAGGCCACCCUCUGGCUUAGCCCAGCUCCUGGAGGGACACCCUUCCCCCACCACGUACACCCCGGACAGCAGACCUAGUGGACAGGUUGACGGGUUCCGGCAGUAGGUUCUGAGUUCCUCGCUGUGGGUGGAGCUGACUCAGGCCUGGGCCGGACAGUGAUGGGGGAAGCUGUGAAGCCAGGACCUCGGGUUCCCACUCGCCCCUCCAGCCUGUGUUGGAUCCUGGGCUACCAUGUAUGGGAAGCCCUUCCCCAGCAAAGACCCCCAAACUGGAGCUCCAGUGAGGGCACCCUUGGGGGCUCCCUCUGGUUCGGCAGCACCCAUGAUCUCGGGUGGCUGUGAUGUCACAGGACUUCCUGUGACCAGCUUGUGUCUCUUCUGUGGGGUUGGGGUGUCGCCCAAGGUACUCCCCGUGGGCCCCCAGGUCUGGAGGUGGGGGGGGGGGUGGAGCCCCUGCAGAGAGCAGACCACCUGUGCCCGCUCAGGCCCUCCCCGGUGAGCUUGUGGCUGGGGGAGCAGGUGCUGGAGGUGAUGGGAGGUGCCCUAGGCUGCAGAGCUGGGGGCUCCCUUAGGGCCUGCGCAAAGCUGAUGACAAGUGAAACAUGAGGGUGCCGCUGUGGGUCCCCCCACCCCAUUCUGUUUCCCUGGGCCCCUAGAGCAACCUCAUGGUCAGGCCAGCACAACAUAGCCCCAAGAGGCUUCUGGAUCCUUCUGUGGGGAGGUAGGACCCUAGCACAGUGCCACAACUCCCUCUGAGGGUCCCCAUCCCAGUUCUGGAGGCCCCCACCCAGGCCACAGGGUACUCCCCAGGGGACCACAGGGCUCUCGGGACCUGGGGUCUGAGCUGCCGGUCGGAUGC